GGCUGGGUGUCCAGGCGUUGAAUUUCACUUCCUGUCACCUGGAGUCUUUUGUCUCUCCCUGAGCUCUUGCUAAAGGGCGCACCUUGAAGUUCAGGCGGCGGGGAAGGAGUUAAUCGGAGAUCCGCGGAAGGGAAACACCCCUCUUGGGCUGCAGCGUAGCCCGUGAGUCAGUUUCACCUGAAACCAGUCGGCAGGUAGUGGGGGAAAAAACCCGAAAAGGGAAACAGAUCGCAGAGGUCCGAGGGAGGAAGUCGUCGCACAAAACCGAAGGGACGGCGCCAAGGGAGCCUCACUCCUCCGAUCCCCGGACACGCGCCCGCCGCCCGCAAUUUCUCCGAGGAGGAACCGAAAGGAAGAGUCGCCGUCGCGCAUCGGCAGUUGGACUUUUUGGGAACAGGCGAGCCAGAGUUUAAAAAAGAAGAAAAAAUCUUGGGGGGAAAGUUGUUUAAAGAAAUGCUCUUUGGGCUAAAGAGCCACAAGUAGAGGAGAGGGGAAACAACUCCCUUUCAGCUUUCCUAGUCGACGGCGCGGUCGACUCUCCUUGGCGAGCCCGUCUGCGCUUUGCCUGCUUUCCGCUCCUCGAAGCGCGCCGCCCUCGCUCGGCUGCGGAGAUCCACCGCCUGCGCGGCAGAAGGGGCUCCGCCUGCGUCACGAUGCUCCCCCGUCGGAUUCACGUCCAGGCUGGGCUGCUGCUUCAGCUCGUCGCGGCUGCCUUGGUAGCCGUCGGGCAGGAAGAGGCGGCGGAAGGAGUCUCCUUCGGAGACAGGUGCCAGGCCCAUUUCACGGCCGGCUUGCCCGAGUUCGUCCUGGACACGGACGCCUCGGUGGAAAACGGAGCCACCUUCCUGUCCUCGCCGUCGGUGGAGAGGGGCCGCGACUGCGUGCGGGCCUGCUGCAAGCACCCGCAGUGCAACCUGGCUCUGGUGGAGAAGGUCCCCGGGGGGGACGGGGAAGACGGCAUCCACAGCUGCUUCCUCCUCGACUGCCUCUACGAGCAGGCCUUCGUCUGCAAGUUUGCCCGGAAGGAUGGCUUCCUCAACUAUGUCAAGAAGGACGUGUACGAGGCCUAUGUGGCCAUGCGGGAGAAAGGCCAUCGGGAUGAUCGGCCGCCUGUGGCCCGUGCAUGGAUGGAGAUGAAAGUGCAGCCUAACGAGCCGGUGACGCUGAGGGGUUCAGAAAGUUUUGAUGACCAUGGUAUUGUGAAUUAUGAAUGGACUCUUCUCUCUGGCGAUGACUCUCUGGUGAUGGAGAAAGAGACAGAUCAUGUGGUGCUCACCAACCUGCAAGAAGGGACUUACAUCUUCCAGCUGACUGUGACGGAUACUUCUGGACAGAAGGGCUCUACCAACAUCACCGUCACUGUGCUAAAUGCUGAGCAGACUGUAGAGCACUGCUUGGCUCCUUAUAAGGUGGGACGUUGCCGGGCUAGCUUUCCUCGCUGGUACUACAAUCCAGAAACUCAGCAGUGUCAGGAAUUCACCUUUGGGGGUUGCAAACCCAACAAGAACAAUUACAUACGAGAAGAAGAAUGUAAACUUGCCUGCAAGAAUGUCCAAGGUGCUGUUGAAAAGCGAAAUGAGCCAGAUGUGCAAGGGUUCAAUCGAUUACGUAAUAUCAAUGUUACCACCAGCCAAAGUCACUGUGUGGAUAUGCCAGAUACUGGGAGAUGUGACGAUAGCAUACCUCGCUGGUAUUACAACCCGUUUGCUCAGAAAUGCCGUCGCUUCACCUAUGGAGGCUGUGAAGGCAACAAGAAUAAUUUUGAGGAGGAGGAAGUGUGUAUGAAAUCUUGCGAAGGUGUCACAAAGGAAGAUCUGAUUGGCCAGAGAUGGAGCACCUAUGAGGCCCGGCAGGCAGGUUUAAGUUCUUUCGAAACGGCCAUUGCAGUUCUCCUGGCUGUAUGCAUAAUGAUAGUGUUGGCAAUCCUUGGCUACUUUUUCCUGAAGAACAGAAAGACGUACCGGCGACGGCGCCAGCCAGCUACUGCCGCCAACUCCACUCUCUCCUCUGUGCUCUCCACCACCGAGGACACUGAGCACCUCGUCUACAACAGUACUACGAAGCCUAUUUGAUCCGGAAGAGCUGCCCUCCACUUCUGGGAGUGGGACAGUUGCAUUGACUGAUGAUACUUCUGAAACUAAAGCCUGCGGCUGAAGGAUGUCCCUCUUCCUCCAUGCUUCCUUCCUUAGACUGUCCAAUUCCAGCCAUCUUACUGCCCCUAGCGAUUGUUCUGACUAUGUGACAGCUUCUGAGGAAGUGGAAGGACAGUACCCCCCCCCACUUUUGUAAUGACAACAGUGGCUCACUGUUGCUGUCAGAGGAAGCUGUCACUGAGGGCUUACUGUACCUAUUGAAGGAGUCGUGGUUUGAUUUUUGGUAUGGAUUUCAUCCCUUCACAAACCUGCUGAAAUCUACAUUUCGUGUGUGUGUGUGUGUGUGUGUGUGUGUGAGAACUUCUACCUAGUUCCUUUUUCUUUCUUUUGAAAGUCCUGCCAUCUUAGAGCCACCCUCUCUGUGCUAAGGGUCUAAGUAGUUCAAACCUCAUGAUACUUCUGAGAGUCCUGAGCCAGGUUCUCAUACUUGAUCAUUAUGAACUCAGGGUUGCACAUGGCGGUCUUUCUAGCAAGACGAUAUCAAAAAGAAGCUUGAUACACCACUGGAGUGAAUCUGGCCUCUUCCCAAAUAUAUCGCAGCCCUUGUUGCAUGUUAAUCGCUAGGCAUGAUGCAGUGCACGUAACAUAAAAUAUAUAGUAGGACCAUAAGUUUUAAACGUAAUUUGAACAUAUUAAGAAGUGCGGCUGAAUUGUUCCUAAAAGACUGAAAAUCAGGGUCUGCAUUCAUUCUCCUUGACAUUUUCCCACCAGUUCCUACCUCCCAAGGUUGCCAUUUCUGCUUUUAAUGUUAAAAGACUAGUUCUUGAGUUUGAAUAUUGCACCUGUAUGUAUUUAUUUUUAUAGAAUCAAAAUGUGACGAGAAAGAUGUUAACUAG